UUUUUCUUACGCUCUCUGGUCUCUUUCGGGUCAGGCGAAUUAAUGUUCUUCUUCCUUUUUCCCACCUUGGAAGCGAGCUCGAAUCCGCGACUUCGCCUCGAGGGUUGCUCCUUGGUUGCGCCGCUCGGGCCGUCUCUCCCUUCGCCUUCCACGCGGUUGUCGGACCCCUCACGGGCCCGCUGGCGAAGCAGUCGUCGCCCUCGCUCGCGGAAGGCAGUGGACUUGGUCUAACUUUGCGACUUGAAGUUUUCGUCUUCUCUUCUUCUUGAAAGAUUUCGACGAGCACUUUGGUAGGUUUUGUUGUUGGAUUGGUGAAGAUCGAUGAGGGUCCGGGGGAAGAUCUGGCUUCUAUGACGACGCCCUAUCGGCGCCGGCGGCUCGGUGGAGUGACCCCCAGAUGGAAUGGAAGGUCUCGUUGGCUUCGGAGACGUAGAGAAGAUAUGCAAGGAUAGAUUUGAGACAGAGGUGUGGAUUGCAGGCCUCAAGGCACUGGUUUAUUCUGGUCAAGGUGUCCGAUCAAAAACUGAUGUAUGGAGCAAUAGUGGACCGUAUUUUGAUGAUUUCAAGGAUUUGAUAUCUAAUAGUCCAAGUGAUAGCUCAAUUGGUUCCAUUCUGGAUAAUAGUUCUCCUGACAUCAAUUUUAGUAUUACAACUUCACCCAAGGUCACUUCUGAAAAUUUUGUACAUUUGGAAAGAUCAGAUGUAGCAAAUAUGCUAGUCAAAGGUGCCUCCUCAGAUAUUAUCAGAGUAAGUGUCUCUAGCGCACCUAGCACAUCAAGUCAUGGUUCUGCACAAGAUGACUGUGAUGCAUUAGGUGAUGUUUAUGUCUGGGGUGAGGUCAUAUGUGAAUUUUCUUCACGAACUGGCACUGAGAGGGGUACCAAUUUCUCCAGUGGAAGAGCUGAUGUAAUUUUGCCCAAGCCCUUAGAAUCCAAUUUAGUUUUGGAUGUUCGCCAUGUGGCUUGCGGAGUCAGGCAUGCUGCUCUUGUUACGAAACAUGGAGAAGUUUUUACGUGGGGUGAAGAAUCUGGAGGACGCCUGGGCCAUGCAGUUGGAGCUGAUGUUGUUCACCCUCGGCUUCUUGAAUCUUUAGCUAACACAGAUUUGGUUGCUUGUGGGCAGUUUCAUACUUGUGCUGUAACUUUAGCUGGCGAACUUUAUACUUGGGGUGAUGGCACUCAUAAUGUGGGACUUCUUGGACACGGUAGUGAUGUCAGCCACUGGGUACCAAAAAGAGUUUCGGGACCACUGGAAGGUCUUCAAGUUGCAUAUGUUACUUGUGGCACCUGGCAUACUGCCUUAAUAACUUCGAUUGGGAAAUUGUUUACAUUUGGUGAUGGUACAUUUGGUGUUUUAGGUCAUGGAAACAAAGAAAGUGUUGCAUAUCCAAGGGAGGUUGAAUCACUGAUGGGUUUGAAAACCAUUGCAGUUGCAUGUGGAGUAUGGCACACUGCUGCAGUUGUGGAGGUUAUAGUAGCUCAGUCGAAUGCCAGUUUAUCAUCUGGAAAGUUGUUCACUUGGGGUGAUGGGGACAAGUACCGACUUGGUCAUGGUGACAAGGAGCCGCGUCUCAAGCCUACUUGUGUUGCUUCAUUGAUCGACCACGAUUUUCACAAGCUAGCUUGUGGCCAUAGUCUCACUGUUGGCCUGACAACUUCUGGACAAGUUUUUACUAUGGGAAGCACUGUUUAUGGUCAGCUUGGUAAUCCACAGUCUGAUGGGAAACUUCCAUGCUUAGUUGAAGACAGGCUUGUUGGUGAAUCUGUUGGCGAAGUUGCUUGUGGUUCAUACCAUGUGGCAGUUUUAACAACAAGGGGUGAGGUUUUUACCUGGGGAAAAGGUGCUAAUGGAAGAUUGGGUCAUGGAGACAUUGAAGAUAGGAAAACACCAAACCUUGUUGAAGCUCUGAAGGACAGAGCUGUUAAAUAUAUUGCCUGCGGUGCAACCUUCACAGCUGCCAUAUGCCAGCAUAAAUGGGUGUCAGGUGCAGAGCAAUCACAAUGCUUGGCAUGCAGACAAGCAUUUGGGUUCACCCGCAAACGACAUAAUUGCUACCAUUGUGGACUUGUCCAUUGCCAUUCAUGCAGUUCCAGGAAGGCCUUGAGAGCAGCCUUGUCUCCGAAUCCUGCAAAACCAUAUCGAGUUUGUGACUCCUGUUAUGUUAAACUGAACAAUGUCUUGGAAUUUGGAGUUAAUAACAAGAGAAAUGGUUUACCUCGCUUGUCAGGCGAAAGCAAGGAUAGGUUUGAAAAAGCAGAGACAAAAUCAACAAAGUCUGUGAUACCUAGCAACUUUGAUCUCAUAAAAGAUCUGGACACUAAGGCAGCCAGGCAUGGAAAGAGAACUGAUUCCUUGACAUUUAUUCGAGCCUCUCAAGUCAGCUCACUCAUACAGUUGAAAGAUCUUGCUUUGGUUGGUGGGAUUGAUCUGCAGCGAGCAGGUCCUAGAGCACUCCACACAUCCCUGGUACUAUCCGUAAACCCUUCUAGAGCUGUUUCACCAUUUUCUAGAAAAUCUAGUCCUCCACGUUCUGCAUCACCAGUUCCUACAUCUUCUGGAGUUUAUUUCUCCAAAAGUGCUACUGACAGUCUGAAGAAAACAAAUGAGCUCUUGAAUCAAGAAGUUCAGAAGUUACGUGCACAGGUUGAAAAUCUGAGACAGCACUGUGAGCUUCAAGAAAUUGAGUUGCAAAAAUUAGGAAAAAAAGCUCAAGAAGCCAUGGCAUUGGCUGCUGAGGAAUCUGCAAAAUCAAAAGCUGCAAAAGAAGUUAUUAAAUCCCUUACAGCACAGCUUAAAGAUAUGGUUGAGAUAUUACAUCAAGGGGUGUACAAAAAUGAUGUGGUAAGACCAGUAGACUCACCAAAUGGGGUGGGCUCACAUUCUGGUCCAUACUCCAUUCUAGAAGUGGAUCAUCAGUCAAGAUUUAAUGUAAACAGUGCUCUGACUAUGCUGUCUUUUUCGACUUCGGAGUCUAUUCUUGUUGAUGGAAAUACAAGUCAGAAUCAUACAUUAAUGAAUGCCCGUGAAUCUAAUAAGCUGAACUUAAGUUUACAAGACUCUCAUGUGAAUUCCAAUGGAAUGGAAGAAGACUUCACUGCAAGACAACGUGACAGUAAUGCAGAGAAGUCAUCAUCCGGCAGUAAAACUGACAUUGAUAACAAGGAAAUUGAAAAUCCUCCAGAUGGGGAGAUGGUCUAUAAGUCUUCAAGCCCUAUUUCAUCAAAUAUUCAAGUUGAGGCUGAAUGGAUUGAACAGUAUGAACCUGGUGUCUAUAUAACACUUGUAGCUCUUCGUGAUGGAACUCGAGAUUUGAAAAGAGUGCGAUUCAGUCGAAGAAAAUUUGGAGAGAAUCAGGCAGAAACCUGGUGGUCAGAUAAUCGUGAAAAGGUCUAUGAGAGAUAUAAUGUUCGUGGGUCAGACAGGUUCUCAUCAGCAGUAUCAAGUCAAUCUGCACUCAAGCCAGAGGAGGAUUGCAUGCAUUCUUCCAGAGUUUGAUCACGAGAAAGGGAGUAGCAGGAAACUUGGAUGACAUGUUGAUAUUAUGAGAUCAUGAUCAUAAUGUGACACAGGAACUUCUGCUGACCUGUGCUUUGCCCCUUUCAAGAUGUGCGGUAUAUAUAUAUUCAAUAUAUAUUUUUCUACUCACCAAUGCCAUUUCUUCUUUAAAUUUCACCUUCAAAUCUGUUAUCGUUUGUUGUAUUGUAGUGUAUAUAAAUCAUCAAAUAUGAGAAUAGUUGGGGGCAGAGCCUUUUUUGCCUAGUGAUUGCAGAUGAAAGUUUCUUCUUAAAAUGUUAAAUGCUAUUGUUGGUGAUUUUCUCUGCCAUGAUACAUCUAUUAGACAAAGCUUUUGUCUUUUCCAACAUGUUUUGGAUAUUGAAUGACAAUAUCUACAUUUGGAAGUUUCCUGACAGAUCUAGAAGGGAUAGAUGGUAAUUUUGGCUAUUAACUGAUGAACUGGCUGGUGGACGUAUCCAGAUUUCCAGGAUCCACAGCUGAAUAUGUUUUCUGCCAAGAACUGGUGUCGCACUUCAGUGACAGAAUAUAGCUGACAGGACUGCUGACUUGGCAUAGGCCUCAAUGUGCCAAUUCUGUAGUACUCUGAACUGUGUGGCUAAUAGCUAAAUCAUGGAAGAUUUCUUAUAUGCCACUGGUGCAACUUCAGUGUAUUCUGCAGUCCAUUUUGUUGGUUUGAUCUGUAUUCUGGUUGGUCACUUGUAAAUGCAAUGAGGUUAGAACAGUACUCUCUUGGUUGAUUCCAAAUUAUGAUUAUGUAUUUGAUAAUGGCUGUAGAACUCUCCCAAAAUUUUCUUACUGCUAUAUAGAACUGAUCGUUCUCUGCAA